UGAUGCUCAUGUGUGGGUAGUACAGGGUUUUUCUUCGCAGAGACACUACGUGUGAACCACUACGUGGUUGGAACGGAAAAACAUUGGUUGAACUAACAAACUACACAGGGUAUCGUAGUAUAAGAGGGAGUCAGCGAAGCACAACAAUAGGUCACGGACGAGCAUAAUGCGCCAUUUAUGAAACAUCGCCACCGGCGCCGAGCCGUACAAUACAAUAAAAACCAUCUCCCGAGUGGAGUAAAUAAGGGUUUGUUUUCUCCUGAUUCUGACGGGAGCUCAGGCAGAAGGAGAGGGGGACAGAGACGGAACUGUGAAGGGUGGAAAACAGAGAGUAGGGCAGGGCAUCUCGAUGUUCCCCAACCCUUGUAUCUGCCGCCAGCUAUAGGAUCAAGAGAGCUGGCAGUCUGUCUCUGACGGAGACGAGGUCCCUAUGACGCACUGACAUCCUCACCAGCAUCUUAUUGUGGAAAGAGCAACAGCUGGGUAUGUCUGUGCACUGACUGUCUCCUCACCACACACAGUACACACACACACACCGGGCGGAACAAGCUAUGGGAAUGUAUGAAGAUGGAGAGAGUGUACAGAAGAUAAUCUCAAUGAACCUGCCCAGCAUAUUGUGCCGUCAUAACGUGGCAUGCAACAAUGAAAUCUCCCGUCAUGCCGCCGAUUCUCUUCCCCGCCCAGGAUGUUUUUAGAACUCACGUGCGUUUACAGAUUUGCCGGCAAGAAACACAAUAAAAGAAACUGGACGCUCAAAAUGGCUUCCCGCAGAAGAACCAACACAAAAAAACCUUGACGGCUGUUGUGGACUCUUCGUAAAUACUUAAAGGAUACUACAGGGGGAAACAAAUACAUAGUUUUUAAUAGAGAACUUCAGUCAAGAUUUUAGGUUUUUAUUUAUUUCUAUAUUUCCGGUUGAUUAACCAAGGAGUAGCAAGAUGUCGUCUGUGAAAGUCGCCGUUCGAGUCCGUCCAUUUAACUCGAGAGAAAUAGCGCGGAGUGCUGAGUGCAUUAUUAGCAUGACAGAUGGGAAAACUACAACAAUUGCAAAUCCCAAAGCAGGAGGCAAGGAACAACCAAAGAGUUUUAACUUCGACCAUUCUUAUUGGUCAACCACAACGCCGGAUGAUCCAGAAUACGCAUCUCAGAAAAGGGUCUACGAUGACUUGGGUCAAGAAAUGCUCGCUCACGCCUUUGAGGGGUACAAUGUUUGCAUAUUUGCAUAUGGGCAAACAGGGUCCGGGAAGUCCUAUACCAUGAUGGGAAAACAAGAAACAUCUCAAGAAGGAAUCAUCCCCUUGCUGUGCAAGGAGCUAUUUGAAAAAAUCAGUGGCAGUGCCGACGUGAAUAUGCAAUACUCCGUAGAGGUCAGCUAUAUGGAGAUCUACUGCGAGCGUGUCCGAGACCUCCUCAACCCAAAGACCAACAAGAACUUGAGGGUCAGGGAACAUCCACUCCUUGGACCCUACGUGGAGGACCUCUCCAAGCUGGCCGUCAUGUCCUUCAGCGAUAUAUCGGACUUGAUGGACGAAGGAAACAAAGCAAGAACGGUGGCGUCCACCAACAUGAAUGAGACUAGUAGUCGAUCACACGCCGUGUUCACCAUCGUCUUCACGCAGAAGAGACACGACGUCGAGACCAACCUCUUCACCGAGAAAGUCAGCAAGAUCAGUCUAGUGGACCUGGCCGGCAGCGAGCGGGCGGACUCUACGGGGGCCAAAGGUGUCAGGUUAAAGGAAGGAGCGAAUAUCAACAAGUCACUGACAACACUUGGGAAGGUCAUCUCAGCAUUGGCUGAAGUGUCUCAAAUGCAGGUUUCCCAGGCGAGCAACAAGAAGAAGAAGAAGACGGAUUUCAUUCCUUACCGAGACUCAGUACUUACUUGGCUACUCAGAGAAAACCUCGGAGGAAACUCAAAGACGGCGAUGAUCGCUGCACUCAGCCCGGCCGAUAUCAACUAUGAUGAGACACUGAGUACACUCAGAUAUGCAGACAGGGCCAAGAAUAUCGUCUGCAAGGCCAUCGUCAACGAAGACCCCAAUGCCAAACUCAUACGAGAACUUAAAGAGGAGGUACAACGACUACGAGAGCUGCUGAUCGCCGAGGGGAUCGAGAUGAAUGCCUUGCACUCUUCCAACACUGAGGGCGUUGUUCAACGCAUCAUCUCAGCGCCGCCGAUGAAGGAGGAUGCUCUGGAUAGGUUAAAGGAAUCAGAAAAGCUGAUUGCUGAGUUGAACGAAACAUGGGAGGAGAAACUGAAGAAGACAGAGUCUAUCCGGCUACAGAGAGAGGAGAUGUUAGCCGAGAUGGGCGUGGCCAUUAGAGAGGACGGCAACACAGUGGGCGUUUUCUCACCCAAGAAGACGCCGCAUCUUGUCAAUCUUAAUGAAGACCCACUCAUGUCAGAAUGCCUCCUGUACUACAUCAAGGGCGGUUGCACAAGGGUUGGUCGCUCGGAUGCAAACAUAACUCAAGACAUGCAACUCAGAGGGUCUCACAUACAGGAGGAGCACUGCUUGUUCACCAACGAGGAGUCGCAAGUAAAGAUUGUCCCGUUUGAGGGCAGCAUGUGCUACGUCAACGGGAAGAAAGUCUCAAAUCCGCUGCUGCUCCGAUCAGGUUGUCGUGUCAUACUCGGCAAGUACCACGUAUUCCGCUUCAACCAUCCGGAGCAGGCACGUCAGGAGCGGGAAAAGACUUCGCAGAUCGAGACGACCAACGCUCCGGAGAAGGAGAGCGCGGUGGACUGGUCGUUUGCCCAGAAUGAGCUGCUCCAGAAACAAGGCAUUGACAUCAAGGAUGAGAUGGAGAGAAGGCUGCUGGCAAUGGAGCUGCAGUACAAGAAAGAAAAAGAGGAGGCAGAUCAAUUGCUGGAACAGCAGAGACUGGACUACGAGAGCAAACUGCAAGCCCUCCAGCGCCAGGUGGAAGAGCAGUCCCUUCUCUCUGGGAACACCACCCCUGGAGACCUGAGCGGUGAGGAAGAGGACAAUCUGGAAACUCAUCCAUGGACCCCGAGGGAAUUUGCUUUGGCAGCGUGGGUCAUUCGUAAAUGGAGGUACUAUCGCUUCACAUCAAUCAGGGAUGACCUGUGGGGAAACGCCAUCUUCCUGAAGGAAGCCAAUGCCAUCAGUGUGGAACUCAAGAAAAAGGUGGAGUUUCAGUUUGUCUUGCUGACCGAUACCAUCUACUCCCCUCUAUCUCCUGACUUACUCCCGAGCGCUGACAACACCAACAUCCUGGAGCAUCCCUUCCCAAGGACCGUCGUCGCCAUCGAGAUCAUCGACAAGAAGAAUGGCGCAACACACUACUGGUCUCUGGAGAAGUUACGAAAACGUCUGGAGCUGAUGAGAGAGAUGUACGACAACGCAGCGGAUGCCACGCCCACCACACCCGAACCCGCCAUUGCCUUUGAGAAUAGUGCAGUGACCUGCCAGGAUCCCUUCUACGAUCGAUUCCCUUGGUUCAGACUUGUUGGGAGAGCAUUUGUUUAUCUGAGCAACUUGUUGUACCCUGUACCCCUGGUCCAUCGUGUCGCCAUCGUUAACGAGAAAGGAGACGUGCAGGGUUACCUACGCAUUGCUGUACAACAUGUAUCACCAGAUGAAGAGGCACCAGACUAUGGGUCUGGUGUACGCCAAUCGGGAACCGCCAAGAUAGCAUUUAAUGACGAUGAAUAUUUCCAAAGGAAGUUCAAGAGGAGUCCCACCAAUCUUAGCCAAUCAGCAGUCUCUGAGGAUGAAGUGAGGAUCGUUGAGGGGCAAAGAGAAAACUCUGAUCUUGACAUUAUUGAGAAGCAAGACGUGGAGGCCAUGAGCACAACUGACAGUAUGACCUCAAUCUCAACGGUGGACGCCCCUGAGAACGAGUUACUAAAACUGGGGUCAAAGUUCACUUUCCGUGUCACCGUCCUGCAGGCUUCUGGGAUAUCAACUGAGUACUCGGACAUUUUCUGCCAAUUCAAUCUGCUUCACGGGCGCGAGGCCUUUGUUACACCCCCCGUUCAGAACAAGGGGCAAGGGGUCGGGAUGCCCCUUGGUUUUUACUUUGUGCAAAAUAUAUCUGUUACUGUGACUAGAGCAUUCCUUGAUUAUGUGCGGACGUCGCCCAUUGUCUUUGAGGUGUUCGGUCAUUACCAGGCCCACCCACUACAUCACCAAAGCCAAGAAACAACUAGAAUGCGACCAUUGAAGCGAAACUUCCCAUCCACUCUUCCUCUUGCAACACCAGUUCCGUCUCCCAAGCUGGGUUUGGUCAGCACGCCAAGUACGAGUCACCUUCACUCUCGGCACGAUCUACUGGUGUGGUUUGAGAUUUGUGAACUAGCGCCCUCUGGAGAGUACCUGCCAGCGGUUGUAGACCACAGUGACGAGAUGCCGUGCAGUGGGGUCUAUCUACUUCACCAGGGAAUCCAACGACGAAUUGCAAUCACCGUCAUCCAUGAAUCGUCCAAUGAACUCAUCUGGAGAGACAUCAGAGAGCUGGUAGUUGGUCGGAUCCGGACCACCCUGGAGGUGACGGAACCAGACCAUGAACUAUCGGUGCUUUCUCUCAACCUCCUACCCGCAAUGUACAUACAGCAACCAGGGGAUGACCGGACCUGUUUCCGCUUUGAGGCGGCGUGGGACACAUCAUUGCAUAACUCAGUCUUGCUAAACAGAAUGACCCCGUACGGUGAAAGAGUCUACCUGACAUUGUCUGCUUACCUGGAGCUGGAUAACUGCACGCAGUCUGCAUGCAUCACUAAAGACGUCUGCCUUCAGAUGUAUGAACGAGACGCCAGGAUCAGCCCAGCUCGUUCCUUACGCAGUCUGUUUGGUAGCGGCUAUUACAAGGCGGAAGACAGUCGAGUGACUGGGGUGUAUGAGCUGUCUCUACGUCGUUCUGCUGAAGCCUUGAGCCCAGGGCUUUCUUUCAGUCAGUAUGACUUGAAAGAACUACUCGAGUCCACCUCCCCCGGUUCAAACACCCCUCAGACUUGCGGUACCCAGCGCCGCCUUCGUAAAGUCAUUGAUACCUCGGGUACGUACGUCCGAGGUGAAGAGAACCUACAAGGAUGGCGCCCUCGUGCAGACUCACUCCUCCUAGACCAUCAGUGGGAGCUGGAGAAACUAGAACGACUGGAAGAGGUUGAGAAAGCGCGUCACAGUCUCCUCCUUCGGGACAAGAUCCAGCAAGAACUGUACAACACCCGCGAGGGAAAUAUGCCCAAGUCUGAGACUGAUACCUCACUCAACAGCACCAUAUCCAAUGAUAGUAUGGACAAAGACCACGAGUUACUAGACCGAUGUGUUCGCCUGUUGAUGCGCAGCCAGCCCCCAGUACUUUCACCGCCUCCGUUUAAGCGGACCAUUGAGCCCCCAACUGUUACUCUCCAGCAACCCGAAGACGCCGAGGAACCUACAGCACCAAGUACAGCCACAACGACAUCAAGUCAAGAGGUCAUGACCCCAGAUGAACCCAUGUCGGCCUCUAACUCCAUGUCGGAUCUUCAGUUCCUUGGGGCCGGAGCGAGGAAGCUGGCGAUCCCGACCGAUCUGCCGGGGAUCCAGGGACAGGACUUGGCAUGUGGUUCCGGCGAAGCGGGGAAAGGGAAGAAGGGCAUGAAGGGGAUGUUCGUUCCAGAAGUAGAAGAGAUUAGAGUCAGUCCUGUCGUGUCAAGGAGAGGAUACCUCAACUUCCUUGAAGAGAAGACGGCCGGCUGGGUCAUGCGCUACGUCGUUGUGCGCCGUCCAUACGUCUUCAUCUACGACAACGAGAAGGAUCCAGUGGAACGGAGUCUGAUCAAUCUAGCCACAGCGCAGAUUGAGUACAGCGAAGACCAGCAGGCCAUGCUUAGGACACCAAACACCUUCUCCGUCAUCACCAAAUACCGUGGCUUCCUCCUACAGACUAUCGGAGAUAAGGACGUCUUUGAUUGGCUGUAUGCCUUCAAUCCCCUUCUAGCUGGUUCAAUCAGAUCCAAGCUUUCACGUCGGUUGGCAACUCAGCUCAAAGUCUGAGGGUUUUCUACAACUCCGGACGACGGCGUCACAAAGCCAAAUACCAAACUCUGUAGAAAGUCCAGUCCUAGUAAAAGUCAAUACAAUACCUGUGAACUGUUUGUAGAUUUAACUCCUAAUACUAUAUAAAAUAAGGGCUGUUAAUAAAGUGCUGUGUGUUUCCAUAUGGGUCUUAAUAUAUAAAUUUAAAAACUGCCAUAUUUUAUCACCGCCUGUAAACAUACAGCGCAGAUGAAACUGUAGAAGGUAGCAAAAUAACAAAUUGGUAUGAAGUAACUUUCUUGCUUAGUCUUACUGCAGAGGCUAAGGUCACCAAAGGAGACAAAUAAGCUAAGUGAAAUAUUUUGGGAUUUUAACGGCAGAUUUCUCAAUUGGCUAUGAGGUCUGUUGGUAAUAAAUAUAAAUUCGUCAUAGUGGGUUCAAAACAAAAAUUAUUUCCACGAAUUUGAGGAGGGGAUAAAUUUUCACGAACGCACAACAGUUUGAUAAGCAGAUUACCAGCCAAAGUGCAAUGUAAUUAACACAAUAUGACUGGUCCCCCGCCAAGUAUUACUUUUCUGCUAAACAGCUUAUUGGAAACGACCUGAGAGCCUCUGAUAUGAAAUAUUUCUCCGUUCCCAACACUAAAAUGUAUAUUUUCUUGUAUAUUAUUUCUUUAUAAUUGUGUGCUCCAAAACGAGAAAAAAACAACGAGUAAAACCUCUGACUGUAUUUUACCUGCAGGGUAUUAUCAACAAUUGAAAAUACGUUUUAUUGUUAUUAGGUUCGAUUGAAUACCCAGUACUUCAGAGUAGCACUUUCUGCCUGUCGGCCAUGUUGUUGUUUUAAACACAGGAUUACGGUCUGGUUCUUUUGAGUCGUAGCCCGCACUAUGGCCCUUUUCGAAACCACGGCUUCGGCUCCGGGAUAUUUCAUGGCUCUAGAUUUGGCUCAGGCUAGCCUU